GGGCCGGCGGGAGCGCGCGCGCGGGGCCGCGGGAGGGGGCGGGGCGGCACAGCGCGGCGGCUGGGCCUGGAGGACGGCGGCGGCGACGGGCGGCGGGAGCGGCGCUGAGGGGCCGUGCGGGACUCGGGCGCCGGGAAGGGAGCGCUGAGGUUGAUUCUUCACCACACUGAAGCCAUUAGGAGAAAUCCUUGUGGUAAACAGCAGAGGCUUCAGAGUGUAACCUCUACUACUCGGGCCUAGAAAUUAUUUUAAAUGGCGACUGGUGCGUCUCAAGGUGAACUCGGCCAUCCUAAGGCUCUCCCACUUAUAGUAGGAGCUCAGCUGAUCCACGCGGACAAGUUAGGUGAGAAGGUAGAAGAUAGCACCAUGCCGAUUCGCCGAGCUGUGAACUCUACACGGGAGACUGCUCCCAAGAGCAAAGUCGCUGACGGGGAGGAAGAAAAGCCACCAGCACCAGACAUAAGUUCAGAGGAGUCUGUUUCCACUGUAGAAGAACAAGAAAAUGAAACUCCGCCGGCUACAUCCAGCGAGGCAGAGCAGCCAAAGGGAGAACCUGAGAACGAAGAGAAGGAAGAAAACGCGUCUCCUGAGGAAGCCAAAAAGGAUGAGAAAGAUCAGUCUAAAGAAAAGGAGAAGAAAGUGAAGAAGACAAUACCUUCAUGGGCCACUCUUUCUGCCAGCCAGCUGGCCAGAGCCCAGAAACAGGCACCAAUGGCUUCCUCUCCACGCCCCAAAAUGGAUGCAAUCCUCACUGAGGCUAUUAAGGCAUGCUUCCAGAAGAGUGGUGCAUCGGUGGUCGCUAUUCGAAAAUACAUCAUCCAUAAGUACCCUUCUCUAGAGCUGGAGAGAAGGGGCUACCUCCUUAAACAAGCACUGAAGAGAGAGCUGAAUAGAGGCGUCAUAAGACAGGUAAAAGGAAAAGGUGCUUCUGGGAGUUUUGUUGUGGUUCAGAAAUCAAGAAAAACGCUUCAGAAAUCUAGAAACAGAAAGAAGAGCGCGGCAGCGGGCCCAGCACCACAAGCCAAGCUGGAAGACGUCCUCCCACUGGCCUUUACUCGCCUCUGUGAACCUAAAGAAGCCUCCUACAGUCUCAUCAGGAAAUACGUGUCUCAGUAUUACCCCAAGCUCAGAGUCGAUGUCAGGCCUCAGCUGUUGAAGAAUGCUCUCCAGAGAGCAGUAGAGAGAGGCCAGUUAGAACAGAUAACUGGCAAAGGUGCUUCUGGGACAUUCCAGCUGAAGAAAUCAGGGGAGAAGCCCCUGCUUGGCGGAAGCCUGAUGGAAUAUGCAAUCUUGUCUGCCAUUGCUGCCAUGAAUGAGCCGAAGACCUGCUCCACCACUGCUCUGAAGAAGUAUGUCCUGGAGAACCACCCAGGGCCCAACUCCAACUACCAGAUGCAUUUACUGAAGAGAACUCUGCAGAAAUGCGAAAAGAAUGGCUGGAUGGAACAGAUCUCUGGUAAAGGAUUCAGUGGUACCUUUCAGCUGUGUUUCCCCUACUACCCCAGUCCAGGAGUUCUAUUUCCAAAGAAAGAGUCAGAUGAUUCUGAGGAUGAGGACGAGGACGAGGAUGAGGAUGAGGAUGAAGAUGAGGAUGAAUCUUCAGAAGAAGACUCUGAAGAUGAAGAGCCACCGCCCAAGAGAAGGUUCCAGAAGAAAACCCCUGCCAAGUCGUCAGGGAAGGGCACGUCUGUGAAGCAGAGGGGCUCUAAGCCUGCACCUAAGGUCCCAGCUGCCCAGAGGGGGAAAGCCAGGCCCCUGCCCAAGAAAGCCCCUCCUAAGGCCAAAACUCCAGCAAAGAGCGCCAGGCCUUUGCCGUCAGCCAUCAAGAAGCCUGGUGGUGGCUCUUCGAAGAAGCCUCCCGGAAGCGUGAGAAAAGAAGGGAAGUUGCCUGGUAAGGGCAAAUCCACCAUGAAGAAAUCUUUCAAAGCAAAAAAGUAAAUUUUAUAGGAGCAAAGGGUAUCAUGAUGAAAUCCAGAAUCUUAUUUUACGAGGUCAGUGUGCUUUUGUUGUAGUUUUGAUGCUUUUCAGAUGACCUUCCCUCCUCCCCUAUGAAUGUUGCAGGAGAGAGUACCAAGAAGCAGAGAGGCACUUGUCAGCUUGAGCGCUGUUUCUGGUGCCUGCCCUCACUCAGGCAUCACUUUCUGCAGUAGUUCUGGCCUCCCUUCCCUGAACUAUGUACUCUGUACUCGUCCUUUUUUCUUUGUCACCCGACCUUAUCUUGUUUUUGUAUGAUCAGCUUUGGCUUCUUAAUCCCCCCCUUCAUUUAUAUCUUAACAGUUGCAAAGAUUUUAUAUUUGUAGAAAGAGGCAAGAACAGGAAUCUGGUCAAGUGCUGGAAGUGAAAAGGCAGCAUAGCAUUGACUGAAUUCUAGAGCCCACCUGGAGACUUCAGCUGUGGCUGUAAUACUCACUUUCCUUCUAAGAUCGCUCCAGUGACCCUUUCUCUCAACAAUGAACGCAGAUACUGAGCUUUGGAAAUGAGGCAAAACUAUGAUCUCGUUAGGGACUGGGAGCUCCCUGGCACCAUCCCCUGCUUUCCACAGUGUUAAGUGUGCAGCAGCUGUCACUGGCCGAGGCCUCACACUAUCUUAGCAGCAAGCACGAGGACUGAUGGGGAAGCAGUAGGAAUGUACUGAGUUCGGGACUUCUGAUGUCACCUGUGUUACCAAAAAUCAAAACUGUAUAAAACUUUCUUGAUUAAAUGUUGAAAUAUAUUUUUACGGUUUGGAGCAUGAUUCACCACUUCCUGCUACCUUUUUAUAGGGAAAGGCUGGAGAGUUACAUCAACUGCUAAUGUAAAAGUGUUGAGUGAAAACAUACAGUUUGCUGAAAUAAACUAGAUUCCAGAUCCAUUUGUGGACCCUCCCACUUUGUUUCCACAGCACUUUUGAUAUCAAGCAAGUGGCUUCCCUUUUUUGAGAUAUUAAAAAAGAAAAGAAAAAAAAUAAUAAAGGCCAACGACCUGACCCUUCCUCGUUUGUAUUUGUUUUAGUAUUGUGACGCUACGUAGUGCUAGCUUUCUGCUGGAGGAAGGUUGAUUUCUGCUUAUCAUUUACUUCCCUGUGGCACUUAACAGUCAAGUUGUCUUAGAGUCUCUGAUGUGCACCUGCUGGCCCCUGAGUGCUGCCAGAGGCAAAAGCUGUUUGCUUCAUUCAUUCCACUUGCAUUGUCUCUUGGGAUCUCAUCUGCAGCCUAAAGUCUGGCUGGGACACGGACUUGAGAAGAUUGGCUUGAAUUAGACCCAUAAUCACGUGUGAUCCCAUCAUGAAUCCAUUGGAAUCGUGUUGCAUGUAAGGCAAUCUUUCCUGUUGUAAAUCUUCCUUUUUUAUGUACAUAUAUUUUGAAAAAUAUGAAUAAACAAAACAUUUUAAAAGCU